GGUCAGAGACUGUUCACUUCCAUUCCAAAUCAAUCCCCGACUCCCCAAGAUAUUGACAACCUUGAUACACCUCUUAACCCGGAGCUAGACUUCUUUUGGACUAACCUCCAUAGCCCUAUCAUGGAGGCUGUAUACCUGGUAGUGAAUGGGGUCGGCCUGGUGCUGGACGUGCUGACCUUGGUGUUGGAUCUCAACUUCCUGCUGGUGUCCUCCCUGCUGGCUACCCUGGCCUGGCUCCUGGCCUUCAUCUACAACCUGCCACACACGGUACUGACUAGUCUGCUGCACUUGGGCCGCGGAGUCCUUCUUUCAUUGUUGGCCUUGAUUGAAGCCUUGGUCCGGUUCACCUUUGGGGGAUUGCAAGCCUUGUGUACCCUGCUAUACAGCUGCUGCUCUGGCCUGGAGAGCCUAAAGCUCCUGGGACACUUGGCCUCUCAUGGGGCUCUGCGGGGCCGGGAGAUACUGCACCGGGGAGUCUUCAAUGUGGUCUCCAGUGGCCAUGCUUUGCUGCGGCAGGCCUGUGACAUUUGUGCCAUUGCCAUGAGUCUGGUGGCCUAUGUAAUCAACAGCCUGGUCAACAUCUGUCUCAUUGGCACUCAGAACCUCUUCUCCCUGGUGCUGGUCCUGUGGGAUGCAGUGAUGGGGCCACUGUGGAGAAUGACAGAUGUGGUGGCUGCCUUCCUAGCACACAUUUCCAGCAGUGCUGUGGCCAUGGCCAUCCUCCUUUGGACCCCCUGCCAGCUGGCUCUGGAGCUCCUGGCCUCAGCUGCCCGCCUCCUAGCCAGCUUUGUGCUUGUCAAUCUCACUGGCCUGGUGCUGCUGGCCUGUGUGCUGUUGGUGACAGUGUCUGUGUUGCACCCAGACCUCACCCUGAGGCUAGCCACCCGGGCAUUUGGUCAGCUCUAUGCUGGACCAUCUUACCAUCGGCUCCGAGAGGAUGUUGUGCGACUGUCUCGUCUGGCACUGGACUUGGAGGCCUGGCGUCGAGUCUGGAGCCGCAGCCUGCAGCUGGCAAGUUGGCAAAACUGGACAGGGGUACCUGCACCUGGGGCUCCCCAGGGUGGGCCUAGAAGGGUGCCUUCUGCCAGGACCUGGCGACAGGACACUCUUCCAGAGGUGAUGCCAGGAUUGGAGACAGGAGAGGAGGAGAUCAGGAUGGCCAGAACAACAUCUUCCCGUGGUCGGGAGAGUUUAAAUGAGGAGGAGCCUACCCCUGGACAAGACCCAUGGAAGUUGCUGAAGGAGCAAGAAGAGCGGAAAAAGUGUGUCAUCUGCCAGGACCAGAGCAAGACGGUGCUGCUUUUACCCUGUAGGCACCUAUGCCUGUGCCAGGCCUGCACGGAAAUCCUGAUGCGCCACCCCAUCUACCACCGCAACUGCCCACUCUGCCGCAGGAGCAUCCUGCAGACGCUCAAUGUCUACCUCUGAAGAUUCCCUUCCUGCCUGCCCAGCCCUCUACGCUCCCCACAGCCACCUGUACUAGGACAGCAUUAACACCUGCUCUCCAGGUCCUGGACUGAAUCCUUUCCUGCCCCAUGACUGUCAGGCCACCUCCAAGCCAUACAUCCGGGACAUUGAGAUGGGAUACCCGGGAAGAAUAUUGACCUGAGUGGGGGCAAGGAAACAGCUUCUUACCCUCUGGAGCCCUGUGAUGCCAAGGGUGGUGAGUGUGUCACUAUGCAAGGCCCUGAGACUGUUCACUGUGGACUCUCCUUCAACCUGCCAGGGCCCCCCUCCAGACGCCAGCCUCUGGGGCACCCCCUCUCUGCUUCUAGUUUUUCUGUUGGGGAUUUGCAGGGCCUCUCCCUGGCUCCUUCUCACUUCCUUCCCAGCUUUUGCAGCCACCACACAUCAGAGUCAUUUGGGUGUUUUGGCAACUCAUGGGCUUUGGGAUGACCUUGAACCUUUGUUUUAAGUGGAGCCCCUGUGCCCUGGUAGACUUGGCGGGUAGGAUCUCUCAGGUGCCCUUAGAACUACCACUCUGCCUGAUCUUAUGAGCCUCUCUCCCAACCUGUACAACAGCUGGGAUCAAGAGUUUUCCCUGGGGUGAGGGGGUGUGGGUGGAGUGGGGAGGGGCCUGUGCUUGACGUUGGGACCAUGUACCCUCUGGCUCUCCAGUACAAAUGGGAGCCUCAGGAGGGAUAACCAGAUUUCUACUUACACCCCUUUCACUCCCCACAUCACAGAGAAAAAUGGCAUUCCCUUUCUGUUUGUCUCUCCAGCAGUGGAGAGGGCAGACCGUGCCCAUUUCACUAGGGUCCAAACAAAAGGGGCCAGGACCUGGGGACAUGGACUCCCUGAUGGGUCAGUCUGGCCCAGUUCCUGGUGAAUAAAGUUCCCUUCACAGCUC